AUGCCCCAAUUUCCGAUGCCAAUGCCCCACUGCCCCAAUGCCCCAAUGCUCCAAUGCUCCCAUACUCCCAUACUCUUAUACUCCCACACUUCCAUACUCCCAUACUCCCAGUCCCAGUCCCUGCCCCAGCCCCAGCCCCAUCUGUCCAAUUCGCACAUCUUGCGCACCACGUACCUACAUAUAUUAUUUUACAAUGACUUCUAUUCAUUCUUCAUUGUAUACAUAUUUUUUGCUCCCCGGUGCUAUAGCGUAGCUAUUGUAGUGCCAGUUAUUUUUAUCCUCACCCUCGCCAAUCAUCUGCCUGCUUCCGCCUUCUUCAUUCUAUCGCUAUUGUCGCGGCCUGCAGACAAUCGCACCACCCACUCAAUUUUCUCACUCUUGAUGACACAAAAACACGCUCCUACAAAUUUAAGCUUGCUUUUGUUUUUGUUUAUCUUCCGAGAUUCCCAUACAAAUCAAAACAAUGUCAAGCAGCGUUGUGGCACAUCACCCUAG